GAUGAACUGGUCACGAGUUGAUAAAACCAGCAAAAAAGCUGUCGAGGCUAAGAUGCUAAAGCAGAGUUUUGCCAAAUUAAAACGAAACCAAACAAUGAAGAGACAAAGUCACGAUUUAGAAUUCCUAAUGCUCGGCAAAAAUAAGAAAAAAGAAGAUUCCAGCAAGCAUAUUCAGAUGAACGAGGACAACAGAUCUACUUCGACAAUUUUGUUACCUAAUGAGAAAGAAAAAAUAGAAAGAGUUCUAAGGGACGCAAGAUCGAAAUCCAGAGACAUAGGUAAAGCAGAGAAGCUAAUGAAAACGCCACUAAAUAAACUUAUUCCAAAGAAUAGGCAGCUUGGUAACACCAGUGAAUUUUCUUUUAGACCAAUGGUUGCUACUCCAGCUAGUUCAAAAUCUGUGAUAUUCAACGACCAAUCUCCAACUGUGCAUACUUUUUCAAAUUAUCCUGUAGUAAAUACAGUGGGAGAUUCUGAUCCGGAAAACUUUCCUUCCACUGUGCAGACUGAUUUCAAUAAUUCAGAAAAUGAAAACGACAUAUUUGUAAAGCCUAAAAAAGUUCCCAAUAAUUUCUUUUCUCCAAAUAGUUCCAUUCAUGACAAAAAUAUUAAGUGGAAACAGAAUUUUCCUUUAAAGGAAAUUAAGUCAAAAGAAAUUACUACGGAUGACAGCGCAAUGGAUAUAGCAGAAAAUCUUUACUCAGAUUCUCCUAAUAUUAUUUACUCCGCAAGCAAUAGUUCUUCAGGAUGUUUGCCUAAAAAUACAGCUGGAAUAGUUUUUGAUGAAAUACCUAAAACGAAUUCAUCUAAUAAUGAUUUUGUUCGACCAAAGCCGAAAUUGGGAAAUUACUUACAAAAUAGUGAAGAAGAAUUAUCAAAAUUAUUGCCAGAUUUGAAUAAUGAAAUUACUAAAUUUCAACAAAAACCCAUUUCAAACCCUAAGUCAUCCGGCAUUUUCCAGAACAAACAAGCUUUAUCUCCUAAAAAGAAACUUAUGGGAAUAAAUGUUCAUGGGUUUAAUGAAGAAGAAGAUAACGAUGAUAAAAUGUCACAAUGUUCGUAUCGGUUUCCACCAUUUACUUGGAGCCCUUCUACAUGUGCUGAUAAGGAGGAUACAGAAAAUGAUAUCAAUAGUCAAGGGGAAUUAAAAGAAAUUGACUCAGAUCAUAGGAUAGAAUCGUUGAAGACCUGUAAAAUUCCUACAAAGAAAACUGAAAAUCACAACGAAAAAAUUGUAUCAGAUACUAGUCUCUUUACUAAAAUAGACUGGAGCACACGUGAAAGAGGGUCUGAUGAAAUGAUUCCCUCUAAAGAAAAUUUUCCGAAUUUAUUUGUUUCUCCGAUCUCUCCAGGUAAUCAUUUGGAAUCUUUAAGCAACCAAAAUAUCCCAGAUCCCGUAAAACUUAAGGAAUCCUUCGAUGAUGAAGUAAUAUGGGAAAAAUUUUCUUCAUUGAUUGAUGAACAGGUAACUAAGGAAGAGAAAACAUCUGAAACCGACAGUCCAACAUGGACGAAAAAAAAGGAAGAAACUAUAAGAAAAGUUUCCAAUAAAGAAAGAGUGCUAAUGAAAUUUGGAUGUAAAACAUUUGCAGGAGGGAUCGAAAUAAAUUAUACAAAAAAGACAGCUUCAUAUUCUCCCCGUUUCUCAAAUAUUACAGAAAGUGUUACCACUCAUUCGGAGAACACAACCAGUCAAAAUGAGGAUAUAAAAUCGACAGACAAAGUUAUUGAGCAAAGUGAUAACAAAAAGUUGGAAAAUAAAACCAGCCAUUCAACUUUAACCUCUAAGAGAGGUGAUUGCCAGUUUUCCCAGGAUAGCCUCGAAGAGUUUACUUGCGAAAACGAACUUAUGGAUGUUUUUGAAAAAAGUGAUUUAAACAACUGUAAAGAAGAAAUCGUUAAAUAUUCAACAUGCUCUACUCAAACUUCUCCAACAAAAAAGCUAUUCAGAGAUAUUGGGACUAUUACUUUAGUAGAUUUAGACACUUCAAAGGGAACACAAACUGAUGUUGUAGCUGCUAAAUUGGAUAAGGCCAUUAAUACUGAAAAUCAAAGUAUAAACUCAGUUGCGCUGCAAACUUCACCAACAUUGAGCAGGAAUAUAGUGGAUUGUGCAUCAAGUCCUGUAAAAUUUCCAUGCACAAAAAAUAAUUCUUGCAUCUCUCUAGAUAAUAGUGAAAGCACUAGUAUAGAGAACAAUUACAAUAAGCAUGACUAUGAUAUGGAAAUUGAUAGUGAUAAAAGUUUAUUUGACGAGACAACAGAGGAGAACUUAGAACUUUCGGGAAAAAAUGAAACAGAAAAGGAAAACUCCAGUGUGUCUAAUUGUAAAAUUAGCACUUCUGAAAGUAAAAACAGAACUACAAACUCUCAAACUACCAUUUCUGAAAAAGAAAUCGGUAAGUCUGAAGGUGUCGAUGACGCCAAGCUUCAAUCUUCCCAAGUUGUCCCCAGUCACACAAAUGAAACUUUGGCAACUGUUAUGAGUGAUGAUGAUUUAUUCUGUGAAAAUCCAUCGAGACAGGUUAGACACUCGGCAAGGGAAAAUAUUUCGGAAGCAUGUGAUAUCGACAAAAAAGCAAUUGUUCCUUCAAACGAACUAGCUAUGAAUGAUUUCAAUAAACAAGGAGAAUCCGACAAACAUAAAAAUUCAGAUAAGGUGAAAUCUGCAAUCAGUUUAAAUGAAAAUAAAGCCUGUGGACAAGUUCCAAUAGUAGAUAUAGAAGCGGAAGAACAGUCUUUAGACAAUCAAAUGAGCAAUAGAUUAGAUCCGGCAACAGAAAAUUUUCAUUUCAAUCCAAUUGAUUCAUCAACUCAGGAUAGAAAUCUUAUCCAACAUAAGAAAUCUAAAACCACAGCAAUUGAAAAUACAAAUCCUGACAGAAAAGCAAGCGAUUUUCACGAAAACUUGGAAGACAAAGAUAAAGAUAAACAAGACAAAUUACUUGAGAAAGACAUCCCCACGAAUAUAUCAAGCUCUCCUAAAGAAGCAUGUAAAGAAGGCAAAUUUCGGGAGAGUCAAAAUUCAAGUAAUGAAAUAAGUGACAUAAAACUUGAGAAUUCCAAUACUUUACAAUCCGAUAUUGAAACAACCAAUUUAUUAAUUUUAAAAGAUUGCAUGGAUAAGUUUUUACUCACAAUGAAGUCACCGGUAAUUAACAAGACAAAAGAAGAAAAUUUUAAUAAAAUUGACUUAGAAGUCGAAGACAACUCACCAAAUUCAGAAGAAGCAAAUAACCAUAAAAUUGACAUGAACGACGAUCCUAUUGUAUUUUUGGACACCCAGGAUGUUGUUAACUUAGAAUACGAUAAUGAAAGUUUUUCAGGUUCACAAACAGCCGUCAAUGAAGUUGUUUCUAAAUUCAAAAUAAAUAAUCCCACUUCAAUUAUUGACUUAACAAAUGAUACGGAUGUAGAGAGUCAGCAAAGUCAAAAAAGUUUGCAAAAGACGCCAGAAAAACCAAAAGUAGCUCAAUCAUUCAAGAGAAAAAUAAACGCUUGGAAACCACCUACAAAGCGAUUAAAUCUCAGUCCUGCUGACAAUGAAAAGUCAAUAGAAGAUAAAGACUCUUGCAUGGAAAUAAAAAGUCCUCACGAAAUGUUAACUCAAGCAUUUUUUCAAUGUCUAAAUGAACUGAAUGAUAAGUCGCCAGGAAAAGAAUUGGAUACGGGGAGCUUAACAGUUACUUAA